AUGGAUGGAGACAUUCCAACCAUUCGCUCACAUCUGGUCCUGCUCUACCCUCUGGUCCUGCUCUACCCUCUGGUCCUGCUCUACCCUCUGGUCCUGCUCUACCCUCUGGUCCUGCUCUACCCUCUGGUCCUGCUCUACCCUGUGGUCCUGCUCUACCCUCUGGUCCUGCUCUACCCUCUGGUCCUGCUCUACCCUCUGGUCCUGCUCUGCCCUCUGGUCCUGCUCUGCCCUCUGGUCCUGCUCUACCCUCUGGUCCUGCUCUACCCUCUGGUCCUGCUCUACCCUCUGGUCCUGCUCUACCCUCUGGUCCUGCUCUACCCUCUGGUCCUGCUCUACCCUCUGGUCCUGCUCUACCCUCUGGUCCUGCUCUACCCUCUGGUCCUGCUCUACCCUCUGGUCCUGCUCUGCCCUCUGGUCCUGCUCUACCCUCUGGUCCUGCUCUACCCUCUGGUCCUGCUCUACCCUCUGGUCCUGCUCUACCCUCUGGUCCUGCUCUACCCUCUGGUCCUGCUCUACCCUCUGGUCCUGCUCUACCCUCUGGUCCUGCUCUGCCCUCUGGUCCUGCUCUACCCUCUGGUCCUGCCCUACCCUCUGGUCCUGCUCUACCCUCUGGUCCUGCUCUACCCUCUGGUCCUGCUCUACCCUCUGCUGGACGGAUUUAUGUGA